CUCAUCACCCCUGUGACCAUUUCUGUAAUGACUCUUGUUUCCCUCUAGGUGGCGGCAGAGUGGACUUUGAGGACUUUGUGGAGCUGAUGGGUCCUAAAAUGUUGGCAGAGACAGCAGACAUGAUAGGAGUGAAGGAGCUCAGGGAUGCUUUCAAAGAAUUUGACUCUAACGGGGACGGUCAGAUAAGCCUGGCUGAACUGAAGGAGGCCAUGAAAAAGCUGGUGGGGGAGCAGCUCAACCAACCAGAGAUUGACGAGAUCCUCCGAGAUGUCGACCUCAACGGGGACGGCCUGCUCGACUUCGAGGAGUUUGUCAGGAUGAUGUCCCGCUGACUCUCCUGGCCAGAAGACCGUGAUGACAUGACUUUAAGAGACUAGUAAACAACAAAACCUCCUCUGUUAGAUGUUAUGGACCAGUCCUCAGUCUGUUGUUGUACAUGUAAUUACAGUAUUAUUGAUGUACAAAUAUUUCAUGUUGUUUUUUGAGUAUUUGUUCUUACUUUUUUUUUGUUGCUAUAGCAACAAUCCCUCCUAGUACUGUAUGUUUUUGUUGUAUAACUGUAACACUGUAAUGAUAAUAAUAAUAAUAAUAUUUGUAAAGUGCUUUUCAUGUAUUAUGAUCAGUGCUACACUAUGUUAUCAGCUAGUAUUGCUUUUGUAUAGUUUCAGCCAGUAAUUUUAAAAGUAGUGCUCACGAGCAAAAAUGGGUCCCCUUAAAUGUGUAUUACAGCAUCCAUUUUGUAUGAUAUGUUACGUCCUACAAAAUAUCCACAAAUAUAUACACAGUUGAAGUCGGAAGUUUACAU